AUGACUCUUUCUUUCUUUCUUUCUUUCUUUCUUUCUUUCUUUCUUUCUUUCUUUCUUUCUUUCUUUUCACUACCAUCGUUUUUUUUCUCCCUCCCACUUUACCAUCUGUAUUCCCUAUACUUUUUCAUGACAGGCCUUUCCUUUUCUUUCUCUUUUAUACGUAAAAAAGAAAGAAAAAAGACGAUAGGUUCUUGUUCUUUCUUUCUUCCUUUCUUUAUAUUUCCCUCUCUCUAUAUCCUACUCCUUUUCAUAACGGGUCUUCUCUUUUCUUUUUCAUCUAUGCGUGUCUUUCUUUCUUUCUUUCUUUCUUUCUUUAAUCAUAUCUCCCAUUUCUUUCUAUCUAAUAAAGAAAGAAAAACGAGUCUGCUAGGCAUUUCUUUCUUUUCUUUCUCUUCUAUACGUGUCGUUUUUUCUUUCUUUCUUUUCUUUCUUUUCUAUACGUGUCUUUCUUUCUUUCUUUCUCUUCUAUACGUGUCAUUCUUUCUUUCUUUCUUUCUUUCUUUUUUCUUUUCUUUCUUUCUUUCUUUCUUUCUCUUCUUUACGUUGUCAUUUUUUUCUUUUUUCUUUCUUUCUUUUUUAUUAACUUUCUUUUUUCUUUUCUUUCUCUUCUAUUCUUUCUUUCUUUUUUCUUUCUUUCUUUUCUUUCUUUCUUUCUUUCUUUCCUUUCUCUUCUUUCUUUCACUUUUCUUUAACGAAUCAUUUUCUUUCUUUCUUUUUCUUUCUCUUCAAUAUCUCAUUCUUUUCUUUUUUUCUUUCUUUCUUUCUUUCUUUCUCUUCUUUCAUUUUUUUCUUUCUUUCUUUCUUUCUUUCUUUCUCUUCUAUACGUGUCAUUCUUUCUUUCUUUCUUUCUUUCUUUCUUUCUUUCUUUCUUUCUUACGCCAUUUUUCUUCUUUCAUUCUUUCUUUCAACACUUUCUUUCUUUCUUUUCUUUCUUUUCUUUUCUUUCUUUCUUUCUUUUUUCUUCUUUCUUUCUUUCUUUUCUUUCUUUCUUUCUUUCUUUCUUUCUUUCUUUCAUUCUUUCUUUCUUUCUUUCUUUCUUCUAUACGUUUUGAUCCAUUUUUUUCUUCUUUUUCUUUCCGCUCUCUUUCUUUCUUUUCUUUUUUUAUUAACAAUUUUUUUUUCUUUCUUUUUUUCUUUCUCUUCUAUACGUCUUUCUAUUCUUUCUUUCUUUUUCUUUCUUUUUUCUUUCUUUCUUUUCAUUUUCUUUCUUUUCUUUCUCUUCUAUUUACGUUUUUUUUAACGAAUCAUUUCUUUCUUUCUUUUUCUCUCUUCUUUACGUGUCAUUCUUUCUUUCUUUUCUUUCUUUUCUUUCUUUUCUAUUUCUUUCUUUUUUCUUUUCUUUCUUUUUUUUCUUUCUUUUCAUUUUCUCUUUUCUCUUUCCUCUCUAUUUCCAACACUUUUAUUAACGAUCGUUUUUUCUUUUCUUUCUCUUCUAUACGUGUCUUUCUUUCUUUUCUUUCUUUCUUUCUUUCUUUCUUUCUUUCUUUUCUUUCUCUUCUUUCUUUCUUUCUUUCUUUUUCUUUCUUUCUUUCUUUUCUUUCUUUCUUUCUUUUUUUCUUUUUCUUUUUCUUCUUUCUAUUUCCAACACUUUUUAUUAACGAAUCGUUUCUUUCUUUUCUUUCUCUUCUAUACGUGUCUUUCUUUCUUUUUCUUUCUUUCUUUCUUUCUUUCUUUCUUUCUUUCUUUCUUUCUUUCUUUUUCUUUCUUUCUUUGCCAUUUUCUCUUUUUUCUCUUUUCACUCUCUUUUCUUCACUUUACGUGUCAUUCUUUCUUUCUUUCUUUCUCUUCUUUCUUUUCUUUUUUUCUUUUUUCCAUUUCUUUCUUCUUUCUUUCUUUCCUUUUCUUUCUUUCUUUAUUUCUCAACAUUCUUUUAUUAACGAAUCGUUUUUUCUUUUUUUCUUUCUUUUCAUUUUCGUGUCUCUUUCUUUCUUUCUUUCUUUCUUUCUUUCUUUCUUUCUUUCUUUCUUUCUUUCUUUCUUUCUUUCUUUCUUUCUCUUCUAUACGUGUCAUUCUUUCUUUCUUUCUUUCUUUCUUUCUUUCUUUCUUUCUUUGCCAUUUUCUCUUCUUUCUCUUUCCACUCUCUAUUUCCAACACUUUUUAUUAACGAAUCGUUUCUUUCUUUUCUUUCUCUUCUAUACGUGUCUUUCUUUCUUUCUUUCUUUCUUUCUUUCUUUCUUUCUUUCUUUCUUUCUUUCUUUCUUUCUCUUCUAUACGUGUCAUUCUUUCUUUCUUUCUUUCUUUCUUUCUUUCUUUUUUCUUUUUUUCUUUCUUUUUUCUUUUCUUUUCAUUUUCUCUUCCUUUUUCCACUCUCUAUUUCCAACACUUUUUAUUAACGAAUCGUUUCGUUUCUUUUCUUUUCUUUCUUUCUUCUUUACUUUGUUUUUUCUUUCUUUCUUUCUUUCUUUCUUUCUUUUCUUUCGUGUUUCUUUUUUCUUUCUUUCUUUCUUUCUUUGCCAUUUUUCUUCUUUCUCUUACUUCUUUUCAAUUCUUUUUAUUUUCUUUCUUUCUUUUCUUUUUUUUUCUUUCUUUGUCAUUGUUUCUUUUUUCUUUCUUUCUUUCUUUUCUUUCCUAUACUCUCAUUUUUCUUUUCUUUCUUUUUUUAUUUUUCCGUUUCUUUUUCUUUUCUUUCUCUUCUAUCUAUUUCCAACACUUUUUUUAACGAAUCGUUUCUUUUCUUUUCUUUCUUACGUUUCUUUCUUUCUUUCUUUUCUUUCUUUCUUUCUUUCUUUCUUUCUUUCUUUUUUCUUUCUUUUCUCUUCUAUUCUUUCUUUUUCUUUUCUUUCUUUCUUUCUUUCUUUCUUUCUUUCUUUCUUUAUUUGCCAUUUUCUCUUCUUUCUCUUUCCGCUCUCUAUUUCCAACACUUUUUAUUAA